AUGGAAGCACUUCCUCUAAUAGUCUGGUUAGCGUUGGUAGCUGUAAUAUGUUACGAGGCUCACGAAAAUGUUGAUGAAUUUAUGGAGCAAAACAAGGUUCUAAGAUUCACGUACAGGAAAAAAUAUCGGCCUGCUUAUCAUAUUUCAGCCCCUAUGGGCUGGCUCAACGCUCCCAGCGGAUUCGUGCACUUCAAGCAGGAGUACCACAUCUUCUACCAAUACUACCCCUACAAUGGAGCAUGGGGUACCAUGCGUUGGGGUCACGUCGUCAGCAAGAAUCUCGUCGACUGGUAUUAUGCGUCACCAGCCUUAAUCCCUAAAGAAUAUUACGAGUUACACGGCUGUUUCUCCGGGAGUGCUGUCGUCGAAAACGAGUACCUCACGCUGUUCUACACAGGAGUGCGAAUAAUGUUCAACAUCACCACACGAACGCAGAACAUUGCUGUCAGCACCGACGGAGUCUAUUUUGAGAAACACCUCCAUAAUCCCAUAAUAAGAAAAAAUAGAGAUGACGCCCGGAACCCUAAAGUCUGGAAGUUUCGUAACAACUGGUACAUGGUCCUCGCAUCGACGUCACGUACUGGAACACCUCGGAUCACUUUGUAUAUCUCCGAAGAUUUGUUUAAUUGGAAUUAUAAUGGCACUAUAGUGGAAUCUUUAGGUGAUAUGGGGACCUUAUGGGAGCACCCAGACUUCUUUGAGAUGGAAGGUCAGUACGUUCUAACGUUCACAGUUCGUGGACUGGUGCCGGAUAUCGACAGAUUCAAGAAUAUCUACCAUACGGGUUACGUAUUGGGAAAAUUUAACUAUCUGACUGCGAAGUUUGAAGACGUGGAAAUUUCUAUGGCAACAUUCAACGAACUGGAUUACGGUCACGACUUUUACGCCGCGCAUUCUAUGCAGGCUUUGGACGGCAGACGGCUGAUGGUUGGCUGGCUGGGAAUGUGGCAGAGUGACUUUGAAGAGCUGAGAGAUGGCUGGGCCGGUAUGCUGACACUUAUCCGAGAAGUGAGUUUGAGCGAAAAUGAAAAAAUAUUGUUGCAACCACUGAGGGAAAUAGUCGACUUAAGACUGGAAUUACUUGAAAGUGCAUUUUACCACCCCGGUGAAACAUUUCAAGCGGGGACGAAGUACUUUGAAUUACUUUUGAAUGCUUCGACAACCAUUAAUGAUGUUGGCCUGACAUUCGACUGGGGUGGAGAUAAGCAGUUUGUAAUAAAAUACCUAUCAAAGCGUGGGCAGAUUUUGAUAGACCGCGGAGGCACAGACGGUGUUAGGAGAGCUGACUGGGUGCCUGAUAGACAGAUCUUUUGGCGUAUCUUCAUGGAUUCGAGUUCGGUUGAGCUGUACUGCGGAGAAGGAGAGGUGGUCUUUACGAGUAGAAUUUAUCCAAAGAAGGGCCUGAUUGUGAAAAUCGAAGGAGAACAGAUGGUCCACAUAGUUCAACAUAAAUUGCGAAGAAGUGUAUCUUAUAGCGAGCAUUUACGAGAGCACCUCAGAGAAAUGCACGAGUUAACUUUGCAAAAUAACGUAGACAAUAGAAAAUUUAAUGGGUUUUGUAAAUAA